AUGCCGAUCGGCAUUCAGCGGCUGAAUGCGAAACGUUCGCACCCAAAUGACCGAAUCAUCUUCAUCAAGCCUCUGAAAGGCAACGAUGCAAAGAUCGCCCAGGACUUCCUUGAACGAAUCGCUGCACAAUGUUUACCCAUCAUGAAAGAGCACCAUCUUUCGGUGAUGUCUCUGGAGGAGUACGAGUUCAACAGGGAAUUCGUUGGCAGGAACUUUAAUGCCGGUGAAAUCAUUCAGCUGGUUCUCAAGUCUCGGUCAGGACGAUGGCUACCAUUUGAGUACGUCCAAAUGGUGAUGAUGCACGAGCUGGCGCACUGCAAGCAAAUGAAUCAUUCUAGGGCAUUCUGGGCCGUCAGAAACCAGUACGCCGAACAGAUGCGAGGGCUUUGGCAGCGAGGUUACUCUGGCGACGGCAUCUGGGGUCGUGGAGCCCUGCUGGGUACAGGACAAUUCCAGAACAACGUCGCGCUUCCCUCGGAACCGCUACCGGAACACCUGUGUGGCGGCACAUAUCGAUCGCGUGGACGUAAGAGGAAGAUUAAGCCCAAGUUGUCCUACAAGGAGCAAAAGGAGCGCCGAAUCCUCAAGAAGUUCGGCGCCAACGGCACGGCUUUGGGCGCCGACGAGGAGGCCAAGGUCAAGCUGGAAGGCGGCAAACGCACGCAGGCAAAGCCCCGCGUGGCUGGGAGUGCCCGAGGGCGCGAACUGCGAGCCGCAGCAGCGCUUGCGCGGUUCGAUCAGACGAAGAAGGAGCCUGAGGAGGACAUCAAAUACGAGGUCAAGGAUGAGGACGACAGCGGGGAAAGCGAGUACGAGGAUGAUCCGGCCGACGUCAAGAACGAAGACGCCGUCGACAUUGAUGGGCGGCCGAUCAAGGACGGCAAAGGCCGGGGCAUGAUCAAGGUCUGCGAAGAUGAGAACCCCGAUGACCAUGACGCGCAGAACGAGCUGCAGGAGUUGCGGGCAUCGGUGAAGCAAUGGCGACAGACGCAUCUCGAGCUCAAGCGCGAGCCCGUAGACGAUGAGGCUGAAGCCGCAGCCAGACAGCCACAUAGCCGAGCAGCAGAGCCACUACAGAAGGAGGCAUCGAUGAGAAGGGCACCGAAGCUACAAGUUGCUCCCCGAGUCAAGGUCAAGGAGGAGCCGGAUGACGAUCAGGAGGCGCCAAUUUUAGAUAUCGCGAGUGCACCCCCCACAAUCAAGAGAGAAGCGCGAGACGGACCCCGGUCAAUAGCAACUCGUCAUCCGAUCACGCUGUCCAGCGUAUCCACGGCGUCGCCAUCGACCGAGAGGGCGACGACGACUGAGUCAGCGACGAUAUCAGGGCCAAAGUCGAAUAGAGCGGCGGUCGAUGCGACGGCCGGUGGAGAAGAAACCGAAUUCCUCUGUGGAGUCUGCUCGUUUGCCAACUCUGCCCUGUCGAUAACGUGUGCCGUCUGCUCCCACGUGCUGGAUCUGGCAAGCGUACCAAACGCCUGGCGCUGCGAGAGCGCCGCGUGCCAGGGAAGCGCGUAUCUCAACCCCGGCGACUUUGGAGUUUGCGGCGUCUGCGGGCAGAGCAAACGAAAAAAACAAGGUUGA